AUGAUGCGACGACAACACGUAACGACGCAAAGACAAACGACGGGAGGGGUGAAUAUCAUCCAGUCGGUCGCGGACGUUUUGGAACGACUGGUGACGAAUAGCGUCGAAGCGAGCGCGAGAGAAGUGUCGUGCGAACUCUUCUUUUCGUCUUCGUCUUCGUUCUCGUCGUUUUUGCCUUCGAUGCGGGUCCGAGACGACGGCGAAGGAAUGACAGAAAGAGAUUUACAUUUGGUUGGAGAGUUUGGGUGCACGUCGAAGCGAGGGAAGAGUGGAGCGUCUUUGGCGGCGAUUGCGCAGUUGAGCGAGAGAGUUCAGAUCGUGACCAGGAAGAAGAUGGGUGGGUCUGAAACCGCCUCGCCUUCGACGAGAACGUUUUCGGCGACGCUGGUGUCUUCCGCCGAGGGGAGUAAAAGAAAAGUGAAAGGGAUGCUACCGAGCGCGUAUCGAAACUCUGGAGCGAUUAUCACCGUUGAUAGAGUCUUUUCUCGAGGGUCUGCUUUGAUUCAGAAGAAAAUGAAAGCGGAUGGGUUUGAGACGUAUGCGCAGGCUUGCGAGAAAGAGGCGCGCGAACGGGUGCUUGCCCUUUCGCUUAUCAAUCCAAAAGUUACUUUGAUUUUGACCGUGAAAAAGAAGAGAAACGACGAGGAGUGGGAAGAGAAAGAAGCAUUUCGCAGCCGAGGCAAUGUUUUGGCGAAUUUGGCAGAUUUGUACGGCGAGGAAGAUGUUACCGUGCGCGCGUUGCGUCCGGUGUGUUACGAGAAAAAAGGUAGCCAUGGAGCUCCUCCCUCCAUGCGAGCUUCCGGAUAUAUUACUUGGGCCGAAAACUACAUUCACAGGAGAAAGAUACAGUAUCUAUACAUAAACCGGGCUCACGUGAGAGAGAGAACAAAAUACCACACGGUUAUAGAGAGAUCGUUCGAGGAGAUUCACAAAAAGAAAUCUUCUUCUGUCGCUUACGUUUUACACAUCUCGACAACGACCGCGGACGAAAAGAACGAAGAGUUGAUAUCAGCCUUCUUACGCGAAACUGUAAAAAAGAUCUCUUCCGAAAGUACUGAAGAGAAAAUAAACGCGGCAGCUGUAAAGCGCCCUUCUCGUGCGCGCACGGAAGACCGACGUGUUUACCUUUAG